AUGGACAACAAACAAGUCUAUGCGGACGUCCAGGAGCAUUACAGCUCCGCCGCCAAAACCACUGAUAACGAAUACAGCAAAAAGGUGGCCGAGGCAUUCGGCUAUAGCGAGUCUGAGCUCACCAGCAUCCCAAAAGAUGCGAAUCUGGGGCUGAGCUGCGGAAAUCCGCUGGCCUUGGCGAACCUGAAGGAGGGAGAAACGGUUGUCGACUUUGGCAGCGGAGCAGGAUUCGACGUUUUUCUGGCGGCCAAGAGAGUUGGUGCUACAGGGAAGGUCAUUGGAGUCGACAUGAAUAAGGAUAUGCUUGAACGAGCACAUAAAAACAAAGAGACUGCCAAAGCAGAUAACGUGUCGUUCGUUGAGUCUCGCAUAACCGAUGUCAAGCUGCCCGAUGCUACAGCGGACUGCAUCAUCAGCAACUGCGUGGUCAAUCUCGUCCCAGAAGCAGAGAAACAACUCGUCUUCAACGAAAUGUUUCGACUCCUCAAGCCUGGUGGUCGUGUGGCCAUCAGUGACAUCCUCGCGAGAAAGGAGCUUCCACCAGAAAUCAGGAAUGACAUGGCUCUCUAUGUUGGCUGCGUAGCAGGCGCGAGCCAGGUUUCAGGCUACCAGCAAUAUUUCCGCAAUGCUGGGUUCAAUGACUCCGUAAUCGUGGACACGAACAGCGAUUUAAAUAUAUAUACUACCGCCAAAGAUGACGGUGCCGACAUGCCAUGUUGUGGAGGCACCAACACCUGCACUCCACUCAAGCCGACAAUUAAAAGUAUUGAUUUCAAUGAAUGGGCAGGUAAGAUACUUCAACUGAUCGGGAGCCGUACGUGA